AUGAGCGAAACUCAACUAUCCGAUCAGUACUUGUACCAGAGCUCGCUUAAGAGCGACCCGGAGAUCAAGGUAUCUUCGAGCAAGCGUGUACCGCACGUUAUUGACCUAAAUCAGGGCUCGUACCAGAAUGGUGUCAUCACUAUCGAUGCUACAGCUCAGCUUAACGGUUCCGAGGGCUUCGCAAGCCUCCGUGAUGCCUACAUUAUGCUUCCCUACAAGGUCUCAAUGAAGAUUGGUGGCACUGCUCGAACUGCCGCUGCCAAUCGUCUAUGGGCUACUCUAAAAUGCGGAAAUUGGAACGUUAUUGAUAGUCUGAGUCUGGAACUCAAUGGAAAGACUAUCGUCUCGAUGGCUGACUACAAGCUCUUUUGGAAUAACGUUCGUGCUCAGACUGGGUACAGCCCUCAGUACGUUGAAAAGCACGGAGCUGAAUCGUUCUUUGGUGAUGGAUAUUCAAACACCAUGGCCUUCUCGUCUUCCUUUGCUGUCUCGGCUCCUCCUGGUGGUGCAACUAUUCCUAAUGACGGUUUCGUUAAACGCCUUCUAUCGAAUCCUCCUACGGCUGGCGCUGACUUCUCCAGCUCGUGGCCGUCGGUAGGUGGUGCUGCUGCAUCGACUACCAUUUCUAACCAGACCUCGCGUGGAGCUUUCGUAGCUGGUGGUACUGCUGCUAACGCAAUCAUGGGAACGUGGAACUACAUGCUUAAGAUUAAGCUCACCGAUCUGCAUCCUAUCUUCCGUGAGCUUGACUUGAUGGCUAACCCUCAAAUUCGCCUGCGUUUCCGUGUGAAUCAGGGAACGUCUGUAGUCGCGGUAGAUGCUUCAAAGGGUAUGUCGCUAACCUCUACUACUCUAUCGUCUGGUAAUAGUUGUCCGGUCAUGAUUGCCGCUUCUGCUACCGGUAAUCCGAUGAAUGGUGUGCUUGCCGCAUCUGCGGGCUUUAGUGUUGCUUGGGGAGCGGUUGUAAAUGCUCUUGAACCUACCAUCGAUGGUACAUACAUGCCUUUUACUACUGCUCGUUUGUAUGUCCCUUUCAAGGUUCGCUACAAUGAUUGCUACGCACAGUGGUUUUACCAGCGUGCUGGU